UUGAUCACUAUAAAUAGUUUAUGAUUGUAUUUAUAUUUCACUAAAUUGUACUCUUAGUUUAUGAAGGAUGGACAUCAAAUAUUUUAUCUUCUUGUUCUUUCUUUGUGCACCAAUUAUUAUAUCUGUUGUGGCAAUUGAAUCAUCCAAAGAUGGAAAACAAUAUGGUGCAAUAAAAGAAUUCAAAAUAAAAAUGGGGUUCACUACAUGGAAUACUUGGAACCUCUAUGAUCCCCUCCAAAGACUUGGUAAUCGUAAAAGACGCAAGGGCUCAAAAGGAUCAAGCUUAGAAGAAAAUGGUGGCGAAGGAAGUGGAGAAGAUAAAGGUGAACCAAUUGAAGGUGGAAAAGACAAAGAAAGUGCACCUUCAACUUAAUAAUGGAGGGUUUUAUGGACACUAUAUUUGGCCAUCACUAUAUUUAGCUAAAUUAUAAUAUUGUUUAUUUGCACUAUUAUAUAUAAUCAACCCAUUUAAAUAAACAUAUUUAUAUAAUCUAAAAAUAAUAUAUACUAUUAUUAUUA